AAAAAACUUCCUUUUUCCCGUGUGUGUGCUUGUGUGCAGCAUUGAAAAACUCGUGUCAAUUCAUUUAAUUUCAAAGAAUUUUGUUUAUAUUAAAGCAUUUUUUCUUAUUAAAUCAUGGGUAAACCGAAAGGUUUAAAGACAGCUCGUAAGCAUGUCAACAAUCGUCGUGAACAACGUUGGCAUGACAAGGAUUAUAAAAAAGCUCAUCUUGGUACCAGAUGGAAGGCUAAUCCUUUUGCUGGAGCUUCACACGCCAAAGGAAUUGUAUUAGAAAAAGUCGGCGUCGAAGCCAAACAACCAAACUCUGCCAUUCGAAAAUGUGUCCGUGUACAAUUGAUCAAGAAUGGUAAAAAAAUUACAGCAUUCGUACCUCGGGAUGGUUGUCUAAAUUUUAUCGAAGAAAAUGAUGAAGUUUUGGUUGCCGGUUUCGGUCGUAAAGGUCACGCCGUUGGUGAUAUUCCUGGUGUACGAUUUAAGGUGGUCAAAGUUGCCAACGUUUCUUUGUUGGCUCUUUACAAAGGCAAAAAAGAACGACCAAGGAGUUAAAUUUUCAGCAAUGAUAAUUUUGUAUAUUUCAUUGACAAAAUUCUAAAGCAAAAAUUUCAAAUAAAAAACAUUUUUUUUCAAAAGGA